AUGGCCAAAAAGAAUAAGAAGGAUAAGGAUGCUAAAAAAGCGCGAGCUGAACAGAAGAACAAGAAAAACCUGGAAAAAGCUGAGAAUAAAGACAAAAAGCGAAGCAGGAAGCUGAACUCCGAAGAUGACGAAGAUCUAGACAUCGAUGAAGUCCUUGCUGCGUACCGUAAAGAGCAGGAAGAGUUUGAGGAAGUUGUGGUUUUCAAUGUCGAUAGACCGAGCCAGCGUGUCAAUUCAUGCAUGAUCGCGAACCCAAUGCAUGGGAAGCGUGAAAUUAUUCUUUUCGGUGGUGAACACACCAACGACUGGACAUCAACCACAACGUUCUAUAACGAACUCUAUACCUACUCAUUGGACAGUGACCAAUGGCGGAAGAUUGUGUCGAAAAAUUCGCCAAUGCCCAGAUCCUCAACCGCGGCUGCAGCCCAUCCCAGCGGUGUUGCUCUAUUCCACGGCGGUGAGUUUUCAUCUCCCAAGCAAAACACCUUUUACCAUUAUUCUGAUACUUGGCUCUUGGACUGCAACACGAAAGAGUGGACCAAAAUCGAGCAGAAAAACGGGCCAAGUGCUCGUUCUGGACACCGUAUGACAGUUUGGAAGAACUACUUCAUUUUGCACGGAGGAUUCAGAGACCUGGGCACUUCCACGACGUAUUUGAAGGACUGUUGGCUAUUUGACAUUACUACUUACAAAUGGAAGCAAGUCGAAUUUCCUCCAAAUCAUCCAGUUCCAGAUGCCCGUUCGGGCCACUCGAUUAUUCCAACGCAAGAUGGAGCUGUCUUAUGGGGUGGCUACUGCAAAGUCAAGGCUGGGAAAGGCUUGCAAAAGGGUAAAACUUUAACGGAUUGUUGGUAUCUUAUCAUGAAGGCAGACAUUAGCAGCAUCAGGUGGGAGCGACGCAAGAAGCAGGGCUUCCAACCUUCUCCUAGAGUUGGCUGCUCCAUGGUGCAUCAUAAAGGUAGAGGUAUCUUGUUUGGCGGGGUGUAUGACUACGAAGAAACGGAGGAAGGUUUGAAUUCCGAGUUUUUCAACGAUCUCUUCUCAUACCAAGUUGAGUCCAACAGAUGGUAUGCGCUGAAGAUGAGGCCUCAGAAAAAGAGAAUCGCCGCAACUCCAAAGAGCAGCAGGAACAAAGACGAAGAACUCGAGAAUAUCUUGAAUGAGAUUUUGAAAAAGGCGAACCUUGCCGAGGUUGACGACGGCACAGACGAAGGUGAUGACGAGAUCGGCAAAGAGUUGCGAAGAAUGGACGAACAGGAGGAGAUAGAGAAUAAGUCAAAAGAGUACACUAUUUUGACUCAGUUGCCUCAUCCGCGGUUCAAUGCAACGACAGCGGUGGUGGAUGAUUUGCUUUUCAUUUUCGGAGGUACAUGGGAGUAUGGCGAGAAGGACUAUGGUAUCGACUCUUUUUACAGUAUUGAUCUGAAUAAGCUGGAUGGUGUGAGGCUAUUCUGGGAAGAUCUCGACGCCUUAGAGAAGGCCACUUUGGUUGAUGAAGAUGCCGAAGAUGAAUUGGACGAAGCGAGCGAUGGUGACGACGACGACGACGACAAUGACGAUGACGAAGAGAAUAGAGAUAGAAAGCUCGUCGCCGAAGAAGAAGAAGAGGAGGAAGAAGAGAAAGAAGAAGAAGAAGAAGAAGAAGAAGAAGAGGAGGACGAACCCGAGAUUCCAGACCCCAGACCCUGGCUGCCUCACCCCAAGGCCUUCGAGUCGCUUCGCGAUUUCUAUCUUCGCACGGGUGCUGAGUUCUUGCAGUGGGCCAUUUCAAACAAGAGAGACGCAAAGGGAAAACAUCUCAAGAAACACUCUUUUGAACUGUGCCAGGACCGUUGGUGGGAAAGACGCGAGCAAGUCAGAAUCGAGGAAGACAAGUUGGAAGCUUUGGGUGGUGUGGAAAAUGUUAUAGAAAGAGAUCCGGCUCAGGCUUCCAAGAGAAGAUGA